AUGACUUCCCGCGGGAAGAAAAUCAGAGAUUUGGCAUUAAAAUGUGGAAAUCAAGAGGUUGAGGUUGAGAGCAAUAUCAUAGAUAAUGAUCUUCUGGCAGAAGCAUUGCAGCAUGAUGCGCUGUUGGAGUCAGAAUUAUUCAUGUUAGAAGCACCACCUUUUGCCACCAACGAGGAAUACGGAUCAAGUUUACCCGUUUGCCGAAAAGAAAAAAGAGAAAGAAAGAGAGAAAGAAAGAGAGGAAAGAAAGAGAGAAAGAGAAAGAGAGAAAGAGAAAGAGAAAGAAAGAAAGAAGAGAAAGAAAGAGAAAGAGAAAGAAAAAGAGAAAGAAAGAGAAAGAAAGAAGAGAAAGAGAAAGGAAAGAAAGAGAAAGAAAGAGAAAGAGAAAGAGAAGAGAGAGAUAGGAAGAAAGAGACAAGGAACAAAGACAAAAGACGAAAGACAAAAGACAAGAAGACAAAGACAAAGACAAAGACAAGACAAAGACAAAGACAAAGACAAAAGAAGACAAAGACAAAGAGACUAAAGGAACUUAAAGAGAGACAAAGACAAAGACAAAGACAAAAGAAGAGAAAAGACAAAAGACAAAGACAAAAGACAAAGACAAAGGAGCAAAGAAUUAAAGAACUUCUGAGACCUAGGGACAAAGAGACUGAGACAAAGACAAAGAAAGAGACAGAAGACAAAGACAAAGAGACAAAGACAAAAGACAAGAGGAACAGGAGACAAGACAAAGACAAAGAGACAAGAGACAAAGACAAAGACAAAGACAAAGACAAAGACAAGAGACAAAGAGACCAAAGACAAGAGACAGACAAGACAAAGACAAGAGACAAAGACUAUUAA